CCCCCGCGCUGCGAGAAAAUGGCGGCGGCGCUCGGCGUUGGCGUGAGGGCCGCGCCACUGCUUGGGGAAGGCCGCAGGCCCCGCCAGGCCGCUCCGCCGCGCCGGGAAGGGCCCGAGGAGCCAGGAGAGGCGCCCCCGCCGCCGCCCACCCUCCAGCCCGAGCGAGAUUUCAUAUUCAGAGCACCCAUAACAUUAAGCAAGCCUGGAGAGCUUCGUGAAGAAUAUAAAAGCCAGCUGCGAAAGUUGAGAAGUGACCGCUUUCAAGAGGAGAGGACACCUGAGGAUCUUCUUCACAAGCUGAUUGUAGAAGAAGCUGAUGCAGGGAGGAGGAAGGCAGACGAGCCGAAGAAAGAGGAGUCCUUUACAGUCAGAAUGACCCAAGAGCAGUUUCCGGAAUGCCUCUCUGAUUCUGAGAAUGAGGAGCCCUUUCAAGACAAGUCUGUGCACCGGUCAGCUUUUGUCUCCAAGGGAAGCACCUUCUCAGGCGCGUUGCUGGCAGGAAACUUGAGCUCUAAAGUAGAAAGGAGCCAGAGUUGCAACGACACCCUUCAGGAAAGAUCGAAGAGCCGGCAGAGAUCAGCUCCUGUCAGAACCAAGGUGAACCUGUUGGUGAGUGCCUCUACCCCACUGAUGGGCGUCCUCUCCUCCACCUGGAAUAGCCGCUGCCUCUCUGCCCCUGACUUGACCACAGACAAGCGCCUUGUCCUCGGUGCGGCCACUGCAGCCUCUUCGCUCUCCCUCCUCCCAAAGCCCGAGCGGUCCAUCAGCCCCGAGAGCAACGACAGCAUCUCCGAGGAGCUCAACCAUUUCAAGCCCAUCGUCUGCUCGCCCUGCACGCCUCCCAAACGUCUUCCCGACGGCCGCGUCCUGAGUCCUUUGAUUAUCAAGUCCACUCCCAGGAAUCUGACCCGAAGCCUGCAGAAGCCCACCACCUACGAAGCGAGUCCCCGGAUUCUGAAGAAAUGGGAGCAAAUCUUCCAGGAGCGCCAGAUCAAAAAGACUCUCUCCAAAGCGACCCUGACGUCCGUCGUCCCUGAAACGGGGGAAGAAUUUGCAGUUCCGAGGGCAAAUCCGCUGAUCAAGGACCCGCCGGCUGAAUCAGACCGUUUCCCUUCCAAGACAGACUCCUCUUGCAGUUUUAGGAGAGGCUUAGGCACAGGGACUGCUGGUCCAGCAAGACCCAACAAGAACCCUCUCAACACCAGGAUUUCGGAGAUCUCGGACACAAAAUCGGCCCUGUGCCUGGCUGGCUCUUGCCUGAACAUCGAUGCGCAAAUGGUUCCCCGAAAAGUCAUCAGGAUCAACGCAGCAUUUCCGGAGAACGGGGCCCGAGGCCGGUCCCUCAAGGCAGCCGGGGGAAAGAAGAAGAAGCAGCAGCAGCUGAAGUACCUGAAUGAGAGCGAACUGACCCACUUCCCAAACGGCCUGUGCCUCGAGAGAGCCGUGGGCGAGGAUGGCCCAUCGUUGAGGCGAGGGCGGAAGAGGCAGUGCAAAAUGAAGCACCUGGAGCAGGCCGGCUCCGUCAAGAGACUGAGGCAGGCGGCCUGCAAUGCAGGGCUAGCGGCUCCCGAACUCCUGCGGAGGAAGAGGAGGAGGAUGGAGAGGAAGGUCCAGCAGGAGGAGGAGGACCGGCGCCUGGCCCUGCAGCUCCAGCGGAAGUUUGACAGCGAGAACCGGACUGUGGCCCGGCAGAGAGGGCGAGCCGACCAGUAUUUCCUGCGGUCCAAGAGCACCACGACGGGCGCCAAGUAGCACUUAAGCGAACAACAGCGUUGCCUUUUCUAGAAUAAUGUGAGGUUGAGAUAAAAGAAAGAUCUGGGAAAGUGGAAGGGCUGCUCUCUUACUCUCUCCUUCCGCCCACCCUAUCUGCAUUUCCCUUUGGAGGGGAAGGGGAGCGUCAAUGCCUGGGCCUCUCUCGCUCUUCCCACAUAAGCCAUGCUUCAUCCUGAGUAUGCUUUUGAGACAAAAACUAAUCCUUCUCAAGAGUAGUCCGUCCAGAUCCAGAAGGACACCCGCCCAAGGCAGGCACUUCCUAAGGUCUGGUUUAUGGCCCAAAUUUUGGGAGUAGACCUCACUUUGGAUCCGCUGUUUUUGUCUGUUUCAAAUCACAAAAGCAACCGUAAAUUGAAAGAGGGGGUCAGGUCCGGCCACUGGAGUUUUAGAAGCACAUAAAUAUAUUUCAAUAACCAUGCAUUAUUGAGCAUUCAGACAUAAGGACAGCUUCUUAUUCUGAAACUCAACCCAUCACCACUUUGCAGAGAGAAUAUGCAACAAGGGGGUGGAGUGGCUGUUCAGCCAGUGCGAGCAUUCCUUCCAGCUCCUCUCUGAGUGUUCUUCCAAGCUUGUCCAAACAUGUCCUUAAGUUAGAGGACCCCAAUGCAGGAGGAGACCAUGAUCAAGGCGCAAGGCAGCUCAAGGUGCAGAACUAGAGACGGAGAGGGAAACAUGCUCCCCUCUUGCUCUCCUCCUCCUCCACCCUGCUCUUCCUUUGGGUUAACUCAGACUUCAGCCACGCUCUUAGUAGGCCAGACCGACUGGAGAUAUUAGCUAGCAGUGCAAGUUCCAAUAUUACUCUGGGAACAGGAUAGAUGCGGAGCCCCGGUGGCGUAGCAGGUUAAACUGCUGAAUUGCAGAACUUCCUCACCAGAAGUUUGGCAUUUCAGAUCCAGGGAGUGGGGUGAGCUCCUGCUGUUUGCCCCAGCUUCUGCCAACCUAGCAGUUCAAAAACAUGCAAAUGUGAGUAGAUCAAUAGGUACCGCUUUGGCAGGAAGGUAAUGGCACUCCAUGCAGUCAUCCUGGCCACAUGACCUUGCAGUUGCCUAUGGACAAUGGAGAUGAGCACCACUCCUUGCAGAGUCAGACACAACUAGACUUAUAAUCAAGGGGAAACCUUUACCUUUAUAUAGUGUGAAUGGAAUGGCUGUCCCAGCCAGUGAGAAAACACCUUCCAACUCCUGUCAGUCUCCAGUUUUUUUAAGAUUGCACAGUUUGAAUGCGGUCCCUUCUCCAGCACAGAGAAACCGUCCUUUUCGUAACCAUUUUGAGCGAAAUGUCCAGUGGUGUCGAAUGGCCACUUAUCCUCUAAAGGGUGGAGGCAUGUCUUCCAAAGUAUUUCUAAGCCUACAUUUAUUUGUGUGGCUUUUGUGACUCUGGGCCUUUCUCCGGUCUUCCUGGUGGGAAUUCUCGAGUGGAAAUGUGUUUUGAGUCCUGGAAGGUGGCCACUUGGGUCACCCAGCUGCAGGCCCAACAUGGAAGGAGUGUGUUUGUCUACGCUCUUGGAGUAAAAGUGGUGUGAUGGAUCAGUGUCUUGAUACUUCAAAAGCAAACAAAUAACAUUACAAGUAAAUUAGGGGGCACUGAAUGCAGGAGAUGGGGUGGAAAUCAAGGGGUGCCAGUGCAGGGGCCGCCCAGGGGCACAUUAGACCUUGCGAGAGGGAUGAAGCAAGCUCUGAAGGUGUCAGGAAGCCAUGAGGCUGUGAUCUUGUCUUCCUUUUAUCACAGGCUGGUGGGGAUGAGGAAUGAGACACACUACAAGUUAGAGUUAGGGAGACUAAUAAACACCCCCAGGCCUCCUCUUGUCUCUAGAGGGGUCUUUAACCAGGGCUGUUGAAUAUUGCACACUUUGAACCAUGUUCUUCCUUGUGGGGACAGCCCCGAUAUCCAGCAGAGAGACCUUUGGGGAUAUGCGUUACUUGCGCAAGUCUGCAUUGGCCAUGCAAGCUAUUGAAUGUAUUAAAGGCCUUUGUGAAGAAGCACGGGCCUUGAACUAUUGCCGUUUGUUUACUAAGGGUUUCUCAAACACCCCAAGAGGUUUGCCUCAGUAGUUGCCCACACGAUGAGCAUAAAAUGUGCCCAGUGUCUGUGUAUUUCUUGCCUCGUGGUCCUGUUCACAACGUGGCCCUUGCUUCCUCUUUUCCUUUGCCGAAAUCCGCUGCUACUGAUAUCCGUGAAUAUCCAGCUUUCCGCAUAUCGGCUCAUAUCUGCAAAAGUUGAUUGUUUUUCAAAAUGGGGUUCUGCUUAUGACUCAGUGGGAUGGUCAAAGCGGGGAGGGGGCUACUGUUUUAUGACAUGUAUCCAACCAUGGAAAGGUAUUUGGACCAUAAGGGGUGGGUGGGGGAUUUUGAAUGUCUGAAACUGCCAAAGACACAAGCAGAGACUCCGACUCUCUGAGUUUCCUGCAUCAAGUUCUAUAUUGGAUCGGUCGACGGUGGGCUUCCAAGAAGAAAUGAAGCGAAAAGUGCCAAAAGAUUGAUUGGACUCUUGUACAAUGAUUGUAUUGCAUUUUUGUUACGUGCGCAGCAGUGUUUUGUUUUAUCCAGAGACAUUGUGAGGCUGCUGUCUUGUCUUGGAGGACGGGCAAAGCUUUGUCACAGUGCUCUCAGCAAAAGCAAAAGGGAGAGGAACGUCCAAGCCUUAAAGACUGCCUCCUGCAUGUUUGUAACGAACAGGACUGGCCUUUGGCGGUUGCCCACAGCUCUUUGGAUUGUGGCCACAUCAUUGUUUCCUUGAGGGAAGAUGCUGCCCUUCCAAAGGACCAUCUAACAGUGGGUUGUUGUGAGUUUUCCGGGCUGUCUGGCCAUGUUCCAGAAGCAUUCUCUCCUGCUGUUUCACCUGCAUCUAUGGCAGGCAUCCUCAGAGGUUGUGAGGUCUGUUGUAAACUAGGCAAGUGGGGCUUAUAUAUCUGUGGAAUGAUGUCCAGGGUGGGAGAGAGAGAACUCUUGUCUGUUUAAGGUAUUUAUUUUUAUUUCUCACCCCACAGGGGACUCAGGGUGGAUUACAAUGUACAUAUACAUGGCCAACAUUCAAUGCCAUAGACACACAACAUAUAUAGAAGACACUGUGCUGUCGCACGCUGGGCCUGUGCAUGUGACUGUAGACAGGACAUAAAUUCUGUGUGCCCAACGGGACGCCGGGGCUGCCUCAGAUUAAAGGCCUUUGGAUUUCCCCAAAACAAAGUUCUGUAGAGGCUUAAAGUAAGUCCAACAAAGUUCUUUAUUGAUGAAAACAAACAGAUACUUUAAAGCUUUCUUAACAGUCUAUUGGCUCUUGCAAUCUUGUCCACUGGGAACAGGCACUAUCUUCAUAAUGGUAUACUAACUAAUGGGGAAAUCCUUAACUUCUAAUCUGGGCAGUCUGUACUUGCCUAUGUUGGCGUGGAGCCCCUGUACCAACUGCAUCUGGCUUCCGCGAGUGACCCUUACCAAGCAGAGCUUUGUAGACUUCCAGGGGAAAAGAAGGAGUUCAGGUUUAGGUGAUGGCUGGCUGAAGUCCUUCAGCAAAGGAGCUGUAAGGCUGUAUGAUCCUCGGCCAAGCUGUGGGCUGUAUAACCCCGGCCAAGCCGUAGAAGACGAAGCUUUCUACAGGAGCUCUUGGUAUUAUGUCCUGUAUGGAAGGCUUCUCUGUGUGGACUGAACUCAAAAAGGCUCCUAUUCCCUCCAAAAACCCAAAAAGGGGGCGGGACCAGGGAACCUAACUAUAAUUGACAGGUGGCUUGCCCUAUGAUUGCAGCCAAAAGAAGCCACCUAUCUGCAGAGUCCCUUAAACUUAGGACUAUAACAAACAUUAGAUGCAAAGCAAACAAAAUUGGAGCUCCUGGUGCAGUUGUACCUGCACAGACACACAGAGGCUAUUUAACAUUCCGGCGUUUUUCAUGAGGGUAUUCUGGCCACCAGGGGAGCUGUCGCUUCACCAUCCAUUUGUGACACUGAUGAAGUACUUUCUUAUUCUUUGCAUGCUUGCUGGAGAUUUUAUGGCAUUGUAAAUAAGCCUUACUGCAUAAGCGGUACCUAAAUUUCCUAUGACAAAUGCAACUGUCUUUCGGGCUGCAAAAGUCGACAGCAAGCUACACAAAUUGGUCGGAAGCUCACUCCAACCCAGGCUGGCUUCGAACUCAUGACCUUUUGGUCAGUAGUGAUCUUAAUGCAGCUGACUCCCAGCCAGCUGCGCCACAAUCCCAGUAGGUGUGAAUGUUUCAAUUGCCACCUUGAUUAGCAUUCAAUGGCCUAGAACAGGGGUCCCCAAAUUAAGGCCCGUGGGCCGGAUGCAGCCCUCCAAGGUCAUUUAUCUGCCCCCUGCCCUAAACUUUAGGACUUAGGUUUGCAAUAAGUCUGAAAUUAAUUGAAGGCACACCACAACAAUCCUAAUUAACUUGACUAUUUCAUCAUCCAAAAGUAGGCCCACACUUCCCAUUAAAAAAUGGGGAAGUUUAUGUUGGUGAAAAUUGAUAAUAGAUAAGAUAUGUGCAGUGUGUAUAGGAAUCAGUUCAUUUUUUUUCCAAACUAUAGUUUGGAAACUAUAGUUUGCAAAUUAUAUCAGACCGCAAAAGUCUGAGGAACUGGGAGCCGACCCCUCACUUAAAAAUUUGAAAACUUCUGGAUGUUUCAAGGUGGUGUGUCUUACUGCCUGGGGGAAUCCUUUGUUGGGAGGUGAUUAGCUGGCCCUGAAUCAUAGAAUCAGAGUGGGAAGAGACCUCGUGGGCCAUCCAGUCCAACCUCAUUCUGCCAAGAAGCAGGAAAAUUGCAUUCAAAUCCCCCCCGACAGAUGGCCAUCCAGCCUCUGUUUAAAAGCUUCCAAAGAAGAAGCCUCUACCACACGCCGGGGCAGAGAGUUCCAUGGCUCAACAGCUCCCACAGUCAGGAAGUUCUUCCUAAUGUUCAGAUAGAAUCAGUGUGAAUGAAAUGUGUUCAUUAUAGAAAAGGAUGAUGUACUGCAUUUCAUCGCAUUAUAGUCACACUUUGGCUCCCUUUUUCAUCGAAGGAUUGUGCGACUAUUACACAAGGAAAAAAAUCAGGGCCAGCUAAUCACCUCCCAACAAAGGCAGUAAGAAGCCACACCCUGAAACUUCUAGGCCAUUCAAUGCUAAUGAAGGUGGCCAAUUGAAACAUCCACACCUACCUCCAACAGACAAGAGUUCUUUCUCCCAACGGAUGUCCCAGUUCUCAAACACUGUGCUCAUUUUGGAAAAAUGCUGCACUCGCAGAGCUCAGGUGGUGGUGUAUUUCAAUUUCAAGCAGAAAUUGAAAUACACCACAUAAAUGCCACCACAUAAUCAUUGCAUCUGCCAUUUUGGGGGUGGCAAACAUCAGUAUUUCUGUGUUCCUCGCAUAAAAGAGUUCUUUCUCCCACUCUGGACAUUCCACGGAUAUAUAAACCCCACUUGCCUAGUUUCCAACAGACCUCAGGAUGCCUGCUAUAGAUGCAGGCGAAAUGUCAGGAGAGAAUGCUUCUGGAACAUGGCCAUACAGUCCGGAAAACUCACAACAACCCAGUGAUUCUGGCCAUGAAAGCCUUCGACAAGACAUUGACCAUAUAAGAGCCUCACAAGGUGACAUUCCUUGCCCAAGCUCUGAAUGUGGAUGUGAAUAUCCCUCAAAAUGCAAGUUUGGUUUGAGGUUUCUUGGCGAAGAUCAGAACUGCACUACUGCUGACCAAAUUGGCCCUUCCGUCUUUCUCCACGUUGUAUUAUUGGCAUCCAGUGGGAAACAUUCUUCCUUCUGCAGCUAUUUCAAAACAACUGGUUUAGAAAUAGCUUGCUGCUCACUAUGCAAACGGACAGCAACACAUUUUUGGUUACGGCCGGUGGGAUUUUGCGUCCGGCUGGUUUCUCUGGUGUCGAGGCAGCCCCAAGGGGAUGUAAAACAAUAGUGAUGGCUGUAUUCCGUCCCUUCCCCAACUUCCUUCCACCUCGGUAUGCUUCAAAUACUCCUGUGCUUUCGUGCGUAUCCUUGGCUCCUCGGUAUUUGAGAACCAGCGCCGUACAAAACAAAAGCGUCAUUUUUUGAGAUCACAACUGAAUCACUGUGGCUUCGUCAGAUUUUUUUCCCCAUAAAGACAGAAUCUGUUUACCGAGAGGAA